GAUUGAUUUUCAUGCGAGUUAUAUUAUAAACCUCAAAUUAUUGUGACCGACUUCAAAAACACACCAAGAAAAAACUCUCAAUCUCUCGUUUCAGCUAUAGCAGCCGCCUCCUCCACUAACUUAAAUCAUCUAGCUCUUCUUAGUCUUCCCAAUCAAAUCUGCUUCUUUCUUCACUGUCACGCUUGCUAUCGAAAACCUCAAGAGUUUUGGGUCCAAUAAGCGCAGCCACAAGAAAAUCAUGGAACCAAUGAUGAGAGCACAAGAAGAAGAAAAAGAAGAAGAAGAAGAAGAAGAAGGUCAUUAUCGGAGUCCACCAUGGCUAAUCCCAAUGCUAAGAGCAAACUACUUCGUUCCGUGUUCGAUCCACGCCGGUUCCAACAAAAGCGAAUGCAACAUGUUCUGUCUUGACUGCACUUCCGAUGCCUUUUGCUCUUACUGUUUGGUCAAUCACAAAAACCAUCGUGUCCUUCAGAUACGUAGAUCAUCAUACCACAACGUUGUGAGGGUAAACGAGAUUCAGAAGUACAUAGACAUAUCUUGUGUUCAGACAUAUAUAAUCAACAGCGCAAGGAUCGUGUUCUUGAACGAACGUCCUCAGCCAAGAAUCGGCAAAGGCGUUACCAAUACUUGUGAAAUAUGUUUCAGAAGCCUUCUUGAUUCUUACCGUUUCUGCUCUCUUGGUUGCAAACUUGGAGGGAUGAAGAGAGGGAAUCAAAGUCUAACAUUCUCUUUCAAAGGGAAGCAUGAGAGAGAGUAUCUAGGUGGGUCGGAAUCUGAUGAGGCGACCACACCAACUAAGAUACGUAAGACGUGUGCUUUCAACCGUCUGAUGAGUGGUCUUCUUAUCUGCACCACCGUUAAGUCAGAUUACUUUUCAGGAGAUCAACGGUGUACGAGCUCCGGUGAUGAAAGCGGUUUUAAUCUUUCUCCGGGAACACCGCCGAUAUAUAAUCACCGGAACUCAAGCAGACGGAAGGGUGUACCACACCGUGCUCCGUUCUGAUAUUAACAAUAAGUACUAUAUAGAAAACCGCCAUACAUAUUACAAAAUGCGGUCAUUAUAUUGUAAAUGGUUAGUAUUUUUUCUUUCUUUUGGAAGCUAGGAAUAGUAGAUAGUUUAAGAUGGCAUUUAUACAUAUUAUUUGUUUAUAAAUGUAUGGUAUAAGUUUAUAGUCCUCAGGAAAUUGAAAUACGUUUUAAUGUAGAUUUUGUUGUAAGCAUCCGUUUGAAAGAUGGUUCGUGGUAUGUUAUUUGUAGCGUAUACGGUGUAAUACUGUGACAAUAAAAUAGCAAGUAUACUGUGGUACACUAUGAUCAUGAUU